AUGCCUCAGCCUCAAGUUUGUACGUUAUUCCACUGGUCCACCUCGAUUGAUGCUGACAAUACUAGCAUCUUGAAAGCAGAUUCGAACAAUGUCUUGAGCAGUUCUGGCCCGGGUAGGAAUUCCAAUCGUAUCCAAUCGAAAAAGCAGUUUGGGCACAAUACCGUAUUGGUGGCGGACAUCCGACACAUGCCUGCAGGAUCACCUGGCCCGCGCUCUGGACUACCCAAGUUUCCAACUGGCCAAGUGAGUAGACCCCUGAAAUUCUUUCCCAAAACUCAAUGUCACCUAGAUAAUGGUGAGAUUGAUAUCAUCGAGGGAGUAAACAACGGCAGAGACUGGGCAAGUAUCAUUAAUAUGAUGGUCCCUUGUGCCUUAUAUCAAACUUUAGCACCGCAGUUACGAAUGACUGCAAUUGGGCCGUCAAUAGCAACUCUGGUUGCGGUGUCACAGCAAAUAAGGGAAACUCUUAUGGACCAGGUUUCAAUCAAGCUGGUGGUGGAUGCGUGGUUCUGGUCUCGAUCGGAAGGAAAUAUACCUGCCGACGUGACCACUUCUGGGCAGACAGUCAUCAAUACAGAUAACUGGGGAACGCCUAUGGCAUUAUUUCCAAACACCCAAUGUGACCUUUCGUCCAAAUUUGGUCUGAACAACCAGUUUAUUGACAAUUGUGGUUUAGGUGGUGACUGGGCUGGAGGAGUGUAUUCCAAUAGUGGAUGCCCCGGCUCCUGCGUUGACUUUGUGAACAACAAUCCCUCCGCUUUUACUGAAGCUUAUUGGGACAUUGCGGCCAUCCGCAUGUAUGGUCAAUGA